CCCACCCUACCUCUCUACCAGCUCCCGCCAGCCAUGUCGUCCUCGGAUCACCUCCCCGUCCAGAUUCCCGACGGCUUCGCUCCCCUCGGCACGUCGGGCACCCGCCUGCUCGAGAUCGAGCGCGCAAAGGCGUCCUUCUCGCCCGCCGAGUUGCGCGAGUACAUCUACGGCAACGAGUACCUCGAGCGCCAGAGCCGCAUCCUGCCCAUUGUCGAGAACGAGCCGGCAUUCGACAAGUCCCAGAUCCACUACAUGAGCCGCGGCGACAAGUACCGCCACGGCCUCCGCAAGGACAAGCGCAUGGUGCAGCUCACCCGCGAGCACGGCUGGAGCGCCGAGGACGUCAAGGUGGCCGAGGAGCUCGUCGACAUGCCCGCCGCGUUCGGCCUGCACAACUCGAUGUUCCUCAAGACGUUGCGGUCCCAGUCCAACGACGAGCAGCAGGAGCUCUUCACCAAGCCCGCCGAGAACUUUGAAAUCAUCGGCUGCUACGCCCAGACCGAGCUCGGACACGGCUCGAACGUCCAGGGCCUCGAGACGACGGCGACGUACCGCCCCGAGACCAAGUCGUUCAUCAUCAACACGCCCGGCAUGUCGUCGAUGAAAUGGUGGAUCGGCGGCCUCGGUCGCACUGCCGACCACGCUGUCGUCAUGGCGCAGCUGUACACGCCCGACGGCAAGGACGGCAAGCUCGUCAAGCGCGGCCCGUUCCCGUUCGUCGUCCCUCUCCGGGACCGCAAGACGCGCGAGCUCCUGCCCGGCCGCACCGUCAUGGACAUUGGCCCCAAGGCCGGCUACCCGAUGACCGACAACGGCACCGCCAUCUUCAACAACGUCGAGAUCCCGCACAUCAACUUCCUCGCCAAGUUCGCCAACGUCGACCCCGAGAGCGGCCGCUUCACGGCGCCCAAGCACGACAAGGUGGCGUACGGCACUAUGACCUUUAUCCGCGCCAACAUUGUCCAGCAGGCCCGCAUGAUCCUCGCACGGUCGGCGACCGUCGCGAUCCGGUACUGCGCCGUCCGCCGCCAGUUUGCCGACCGCGACGCGCCCCAGACCGACGACGGCCGCAAGCCGUCCGAGAGCCAGGUCCUCAACUACCUCCUCGUCCAGGCCCGCAUCUUCCCGCCGCUCGUCCAGGCGUUCGCGCUCCACUACACGGGCCGCGCCAUGAUGACGGCGUACAACGCGAGCCAGGCGGCGCUCGAGGAGGGCGACUUUUCGCUCCUCGCCGACGUGCACGCCUCGUCGUCGGGCCUCAAGUCGCUGUCGACGAUCAUGGCGUCGAACGCGAUCGAGGAGUGCCGCCGGGCGUGCGGCGGCCACGGCUACUCGCUGUCGGGCGGGCUCGCGUCGCUGUACGCCGACUACCUGCCGCAGGUCACCUGGGAGGGCGACUCGUACAUGAUCUCGCAGCAGACGGGCCGAUACCUGUUCAAAACGAUGCGCUCGGUGCUCGCCGACCGCAACUCGCCGGCCAACAAGGCCAACGACACGGCGCAGUACAUCACGCGCUACGUCGACAACCCGAACGCCAAGGCGCCGUUCAAGUACGCCGGCGACCUGUCGGACCCGCAGAUCUUUGUCGACGCGUUCGCGCACCGGGCGGCGUACCUCACGGCGACGGCGCUCCGCAAGCGCGACAUCGAGAAGCGCACCUGGAACGACCUCCUCAUCGACAUCUUCCGCAUGUCGACGGCGCACUCGCAGUUCAUCCUCGUCAACAACUUUGCGCAGGCGAUCAUGCACGACGAGGAGCUGGCGAGCAAGCCGGCCGUGCACCGCAUCAUGACGACCUGCUUCGAGCUGUUCGCCUGCUACACGAUGGACACCGAGGCGUCCGAGUUCCUGUCGUCGGGCUACCUGCAGCCCAAGCAGCACGAGCUGCUGCGCUCGCGCACGCACGCGCUCCUCGCCGAGCUGCGCCCGCAGGCGGUCCCGCUCGUCGACGCGUGGGGCUGCCCGGACUACCUCCUCAACAGCGCGCUCGGGCGCGCCGACGGCAACGUGUACCCGGCCCUGGUCCGAUUCGCGCAGGGCGAGCCGCUCAACGAGACGCGGUUCAACGUCGCCAUCGACGAGGACGAGCUCGAGGUCGGCAAGGAGCAGGGCGUGCGCGCGUGGACCAAGCUCUAGACGGGCGUGCGCGACGACGACGUCGACAGCAGAGGGCCGGCGCAGCCCCAAGUUUUUUUGCCUUUCCUCCUCCCCCUCCUCGAGCUCUCGAGUUUUCUGCAGUACCCCCCUUUUCCAUCGCCGUGCACCCCUCAUUGUAUUCGCAACCACGUGUUCCCACUCC